AUGGUUUUUUGGACAACGCGCCAGAUUUCUCUUUUUUUCCUUCUUUUGUCCAUAUUUUGCACCUUCGAGGGAGGGACAGACAGAAUACAUCUCGUAACUCUUCAUUUUUUUAAUUUUGCAAACAAAAGACCAACGAGUUCCUGAUGCUCGUAUACACCCUGCGCGGGGAAUUUCUUCUGGUUGACCGGAUUACCGGCAAAGUACUUUGGCAGCAUAAUUCAGGUACACAAGCAUUUGCUUUAUGCAAUCCCUCUUCAGGCUUUGCUACGGAAUGUAACUACAGUGGGUGGUAAGCUGUCAAAAAUUGGCUUUAGUCCUUGUUGACAGGCCCGUUAUCUUUCCCGAACCGCUUAACGGACGACUAUAUGUCUAUUCAAAUGUCCCCUCAAAGGACAUACUCUAUUCUCUCAAUAGUACAGUUGCAGACUUCGUCUCCCGGUCGCCAGAAUUUAUUAAUUCACUAUAUUCGACUGGUACGUACAGAUCUGUCUGUUAUGAUAAUUCUGUUUACCUGUCUAGUCUCAUCUUACUUAAAAUUAAUUAACUAAUAUGAAAGAAUAAAGCGCCUACCAUCAUUGAGCUUGCGCUUAGGACUGAACUAUAAGGAUACCGCGUGUGCCGUAGCCGCCUCAUUUACUGGCCAUGAAGACCUGGUUUUUUGUCCCCAAAUUUUAUGCUUUAGACGUUUCAAGUUUUGACUGUUUUUUAAAUGUUAAUUUGCAUUAGUAGUUUCUGUGUGAACUCAAAGUCCUUUUGUAGACCUCCCCUUUAAGGUGACGACAAAUCAGUUUUUUCACUGCACCUCGUUUUCUGCUUUUAUCAUUCUUCUUUGGUAACUAAUUUUUCCUUCCGGUUUCAAUUGCGUGCUCGCGCUUAUUGCGUGAUGUCUAAGGUAGCGCACUGUAAAUUAAAACUUUUCUACUUAAGGUUCCUCAUUGAUGUCCUAUUUUAGUUGUUAUUUAACUUUGUAACACAGGUUAUAAGAGCGACCACUGGCUGCGCUUUGACCUCGCCACCGGACGAGUUAUCAAAAAUACCGGCAAUUUUCAGACAGAUCAGUGUUCCUCCAAAAAAGGCGUUGAUUUGGGUACGGUGUUUCCUUCAGAAGCCGAUGGCUUCUCUCGGGAAAGUGAACAUCAAUUAGCAGUUGGAAUUUCCCAGUAUCACUUCAUCCUGUGGGAUUUAAUGUCGGGACUUGUAAAGUAAGUUGAUUCCCCCGUUAUUUUUUCGCAUUUUGGAGGUUGGUUUUAUCACACAAAAAUCUGACUUAGUCCAUACGUUUGUGCUUACCUCUUGAAGACAAAUAUCUAAGGCCAUUGCGCUAGUGUAAAAUAUUAAAUUUGUGGCUAACGUUGACUAGUGGCCGAAUAAGUAUUAAAGCAGGCGACAGAAUUCGUGGAGUUUGCGUAAAUUAACGAAAAAUGUUUAAUCCAUUGGAGACCGACCCAAUUACAUCGACACCAGUUGGUGGUGAAUUAUCUUCAAUUACAUGAAGAAACAAAAGAAAUACUGAAGGUUAUACUACGUUGACCAGAAAUAAGUUUUCAAAAGCUUAAAUCUCAUUAAGUGAGUAAAUUCUAUUCGUAGAAUUGCAUACCCCAUGUUCAUGCAAACAUGUGUAAACGAAGUAACAUAAGCCCAGUAAUAUCCAAACGGCCUCAGUUAUAUAUUCUACAAGAAUUAGUGCAAUACUAUGUAUGGCAACUAGUCAAUUGUAUGAUGUUUGAUCGCAUGCUUAAAAGUAUUUUUACGGGAGUCCGGUGCGUAUUUUCCCCUUUUUGCGUUUUUCAAGAUGCCCUUGGUUCAGACGGGAAUAAUUUUAUCCGAUUUCAUGUAUGGAGAUAUCAUAAUGAUGGAGCAUUUCAGAAGAAAAUAUGCCGAGAGCCUAAGAACUUGGGAUAUAGUGGGCAGAGCGACACAUGGACCCACCACUUUCUGCGUACCAGGAGGAUCCAUCUUCCGUAAAAGUUACUCUGGGCUUUCUGGUGACAUUGAGAUCCGUCUAGUUUCAAGGCGUGCUUGAAAUGUCCAUGAAUACUUCGGUUUUCAGAAUUAGUAGUCAAUUUCCCGAAAAGAUGGUCUCUGUAGUUCGUAGUUGUCAAGACGUUCAACAUAAGACAGCCCUUAAAUUCCUUUGCGUAUUUUUUUAUGAAGUGUUUGCGGACAAAUAUAGAAACACUAGGAUGACCAUUUCUGGCCUUUUAUCCGUCAUCUGUCAAUGAUUUGGAGUACAUUAGUUUAUUUGAGACUUUUAGACUCUGACUAACCGAUUUACUCGAAGUUAGCGAGUAAUUAUCGAGGAAAUUAAAAAAACUGCAAUUUCAAAACUGGUGUAUCUACCAGAAAGCACAAGGGAACGCUGGGAGACCCACUCAUGAGCCGAACCCUUCACAGCUGCGUCACGCACCGGCGAAACACGUGUCUGGAUUCCAGGUGUAACCCGUCAAUUAUGGUACAUCACGCAGCCUCUGUAUUUACUACUGGCUGUUUAUUGACAGUUUAUGGAUAUUGAGCGGUUAUUCCGAAGUGGCCGAAGGACUUCGACCCAAAUCUUUAUAUCGAAUUUCGGUCCGAGCCCAUAAGUCACAAAUAAACUGAUUCGCUCCGUGUUAACGAUCACUUUCUGAGAAAAUUAAAAAGUUGCAAGUUCAUUCAUGACUGGUGCGUUGCCCGUUGCUUUCAUUAUUUACAUACCAACGGAAAAUAAGUCGUACAUAAAGCGUCUUCCUUUAUGCUGAAAAUUUUAAAUGGUAAUUUGCCUGGGGGCCUUUCCGCGGUUACUUAUGACGUAUGUACAUGUUCCUGGGACUUCCGGGUGCUUUAAGCUAAAUGGCUGCCUUUGUCCUUAUAACUGUGAAUAUGGCAUAAAAUUGCGCAGAUUUUCAAAUCGGUAUUUUUAACGGAGCCUCUGUAUCUCAUGCCAAGCCUCAAUGAUAAGUCAAGUUCCAAACUGACACAGUUGUCUUCUGUCCGAAAAAAACACGUAGAUAUAACCUUGGACAUUUAGUAGCACAGGAAGUUGCAUGAGUAUAAAGGAGGGUUAAUCUCCACCCAGUACUACCUUUCGUCCAAGUUACCGCUCUGCCCCGACUGGUCAUCUGGAUUUUGAUUAUUAGAUUGCUUCAGGUUUUCCAUCUACCAUGGCCUCUCCGAGAUCGGUACCUGGGCGAGGUCUGGGUUAGGCCGUAAUCUGUUUUCAUGUUCACAUAAGAAGGCGUGCUUCUAAGUACUAGACGGCUGGACCUCGGCCCCCUGUACACGACGGGCUCUUGAAAUCUUUAUGCCGACCACUCCGAAUCUCGCUAUAUUUACCGGUGUCGAGCCACGAAACGAGCAAUUCUUCCAUUACGGUUCGGAACAGUACGAACCCUGUGGUCUUGGUUUGGGGCGGUCAGCUUGGAGGCAUGGUUUGAAGCCCCAGUCGCUACCGACCGUGAAAGAUUAGCAAUGUUUCUUGAGUGUGCACCCUUUUCGCUUGGCGUCGUCGCAACCUGUCCAAUCGCCGCUAGAACCAUAGUAUUUUCUGUAAGCCCUAUUUGUGAACUCUACCGCCUCUCAGAAUUUGAGUCGGCUUGUAUUUCUUUAUUGGACCCUUAUGAUUUUAACUCCAUAUCUUCCAUCGAACAUGUUCGUCUUUUAGGUUCAACAUGACAUACCAAAUGCUUUCUUCUCAGGCUGAACCAGAUUUCCAGUCAUCUUCAAGUAAGAAUCCACGAUAACCACUUGUGUCAUUCUUUGUCCUUUUAUAGCGCGUUUUUCGGCAACGUACCAUUAGGUGUGUUUCUAGAAUUUCACACGUGCUUACAGAUACUUUUCUGUUGGCAGAGUUUACGGCCUUCCGUUUUGGCUUGGUAAAAAGGCACCGCCCAUUUCUAGGGCCUAUUUUCCACCACUUUCACUUCAUUUCUGGAAGUCUAUACAGUCGUUAACAUGGACGCCGGACUUGCCCGCAUGCUUAAAAAAACUGGUGUCUUGCCGAAGUAACUUCUCCGCCUGCCAUUUGGGCCAACCCAUUGUCCAAACCCCCCGCCCCGGUUGCCAUGGCGACUACCUGGUUUUUCUUACAUUCUCUCACUACCCAAAACAGCUCGUUUUUUGCUUCGGUAAGGAAAUCAUCCGUGUGCGCGUCUGAUUUCGAUGGAACCGACAAGCCACUUUUUCCUCCCAAACGCCAGUUUGGACGAACGGUAUGCUUCGGUACAGAACACUGCAGUGGAGGACCACUGAGUUACGGGCUUCUGAGCCCUUCCGGAAAUGACAGCUGCCGUCCCUGUAAUUUGACUAUCUGUCGACAAGUCUGUUGUCUUCAGCAGUUGGCGACAUCCGUCGGCAGACAGUGGAUUCGUUAUCUGGUCUUAGCGAUUUUGCUAGCUUUGUUGUAUGCAAGCGGGUGACUUAAAUAGGGGAGUGAACUGACUGACCCUUGCCUUGGUCAAUCAGCGAACACCAAGUUACCAAGUCGGCCCUCGUUCCACCCUCCUCCUCCUCCUCCUUCUCCCCAUUCUCCCCCACCUUUAACUGACAGCCGUUGCUCGGUCAAGUUCUGCUUUAGUCUGUCUCGUCGGAUGACUUAGUUACUUACACUUGUACUUGGCACGGCUGCGAUCAUGCCUGAUCUAGCCGGCUUCAAUGAUGUUCCGAAUUGUACCUCUCCACUCGUGACGAUCCGCGGCAGCAGAUCUGGACAGUUCGACCCAUUCUCUUCGCCAACGACGGAGACCGAACCACCUCCAUGUCUUGACGAACUGUGUCGAACCUGGUUUUGAGUUGACUCCCUCUUAGGCCUCUUCAACGGGGUAACGGUGCCGGAUCGAAGGCAGUAACACUGAGCUCCUGAGGUGAACGACGAAGAACAUGCCCAAAUCACCUCAGUCGUCUUUCUUGGAUGGCCUGGGUUAUCCUUGCGAUGUUGUCGCAGCGAGUGCGGACUGUCUCAUUUGAGACGAAGUCGGUGUACUUCACCCGAAGUGGUGGUUAAACACCUCCAGUUUUCGCUCGUCCUCCACGCGCAAAGCCCAGCAUUCACAACCUCAGAGGGCAGACCGGACAGAUGCACGGUACACACGAAUCCCAGUGGCGACCUGAGAGGUCACGUCGGAUCCAUAGACAUUUCCUAGGGCUUGAGAAAACCCGUCAGGCGACAUCAAUUCGGGGAACACUGUCGUUCUUCCUCUGUCUAUUCGGCAGCAGCCUCACCCGAGAUAUUUAAAACUGUCGUCGGAUUACGCCUUAGCAUCGCCGUCGGUAUUUUGCUGCGCGUGCUCACUUGGCACCGUACGCUGUGACGGCUUCUGCAGAGCUGUGCGGGUAACGUGAUUCGUAACUUCAUUCUUUCGUGACAGUUUUAGGUUCGCAGGCGAAGAUAAUUGUAGGAGUACUGGGAUAAGUAAGUUUAGGGUUUACAAGAUCAUAUAAAUUAAAAUAGGGACGAGUAAUUUUCGUUGAUCAGGUUUGGUGUAAAGUCAUCUGCGCGUCGGCAGUUGGGUUUGAGUCCCCUCAUGCGAUUGCUGUUACCAUCAUAUGUUCAAAUGACAAUGCAGUCUGCUUCUGCCUUCUUUCUCACAGUCAGCUCACUGUCCGCGUUGACUUAAUGCAUUCAUUCCCCGUUUUUUAGAUCUGACCCAUGUGGCCACGUUGCAGCCCUCUGUGGUCACUUUCUCGGGGACCAAGUGUAAGUCGUCCUUCCCUGUCCCACCCGAUUUUCACCCACUCGUUGCAGGCGCUUAACACCUGCCACACGAUGUUGGUCCCCAGUUUGUGAAGCAUAUGGUGUCGCCACUCUCUAGUCGAGAGUAUGAGAUCUCAGAACACAUUUUUCCCUUGAUUGGCUAAUUAGGCGUUCCUGUUUAUGUAUAUCAUCCAGGAGUUCAGGUUGGUGUUUAUGCUACGAGUGUUCAGCCGCAGACAUUGACUCAAAUAGGUAGGCUGCUUUGCGUGCUUUGAGCGGCUCGGGAUUACUAUAGGGACUACGGCGAUGUAGGUGGUGGUGGUGGUGGGGGUGGUAGUAGUAGCAGCAGCAGCAGCAACAACAACAACAGCAGCAGCAGUAGCAGUAGUAGUAGUAGUAGCAACAGCAGUAGCAGUAGUAGGUCUUUCGCACAAGGAUGUUAGGCGGAUCGGAGGUCACAUGUGUUACGGUAGCAGGGGGGUCACAUGGAGAAGGAGCGGAAGAUUCCUACCCACCCUCUUAAAUGAAAGGGUUUUUUCUGUGCCCCCAGUGAUUUGCGUGGGACGGGUUCGUGUGUGGUGUAUGUGGCAGUAGGGUUUGAUCUGCGACGGUUUACCACACAUAAGCAUGGGGGCGCGCGUGACCGGAUGGGCCAAUGCGAUGGUUAAAUGUGUGUGCGCGGUGUGUGCAGUUGAGGUGGAUGCUUUGAGUGUAUUUUGUGACACGUUUCGCUGGUCUUAGUGUGGGGAAUGCGCAAGUGACCGACGAGGCCGAUGCGUGGUGCGCAUGUGCGAUGACAGUAUGGGCAGGGUGGUUGGCAGCUGUUGAGUCGAUUGUAAGGCUUACUGCACCGGUGAAUGGAUAGUUAACAGUACUGGAAAUGAAAGAGCUUUUGGAUGUGCAAGGUGAACUUGGGAUGUAGUCAUUGCAGUUAAUUCCGCCGUCGUGGAUACGCAUGUGGUCGAAUAGACCCUUGUGGUGAAUGAACAAUAGUAUAUUUAGGGUAAUAGGCAAUACCCUUGAUGUGUAUGCACAGUACGGAUACGGUGAGUGCAUGUCGCGAGGCUCCUGGCACUGGUUCUCAGCUCCCAAUGCAAUGAAUUCGUAAAUGACCGACCAUGCCGGUGCGUGAGUCGAAAGUGUGAUCGCCAUGAGUACAGGUUAGAGUCUAAUCCACAUUUCUAGUAGUGGAGACGGUGGUGUCGGGAAUGUUCUCGCCGGUGGUGGGGGUCUGAAAGGUGACAGUGGUCGUCGCCGGGAUUGUGUCGGAGGUGAUGGUGGCGGUGGUGGUGGUCAAUGACGUAGCUGGCGUCAGGGCACUAGGAAUGUGAUCACCGGCGCUGGCGAUGCUGGUGAUUGUUGUCGCCGUCAUGGACCCCGUGGGAGCUGGUUCAGGAAUGACAAUGGACACGUUUGUAGAGGAAGCACAUGGAGUUGCCGGGCUUGUUGUUGCAUUCAGUUCGGAGAUGUCCGACGAAGCCAGUCUGCGCCCAGAAUACUCGUUGGUUGCGUGAACACUUUGGAGGAGGUUGGGCGUUAGCGUUGCGGAUCGGGGAUGCCGGAAAAUUGUAAAUUGCUCUUUUGACUAUGACAUCGGCGAUGCCGUUCGGUUCGUAUAUUGCCGCACCUCUCUUAACAAUGCUGGUCGUCGAUUUUUAUUCUGCAUGAGAGUGUACCGUCUAGAUAGACUGAAUUGCCCACGAUUUUGUGUCGAGUACACCGACGCAGGGACCGUCGUGUUGAGUGUUUGGCUGCUCCAUAACCACCGCUUUGUCCGUUUUUAUGGUCAGCCCGAAGUUUGCGCGACCGAAGGCGACAAGAUUCAUGUUCAUCGGAACACCCAGCAUUGAUACUGGCUAAAGGCCUGGACGCGUGUCUCGCCGAUAUUUCUGCUGCUGCAUGACGCUCAAAGUUUCAACGAACAUUUGAGUUGAAGCCAAUCAAUUUCUGCCGAACAAUCACGUAGUAUCCAUUCCGCAAACGAAGCACUCCUAGUAGUAUAAUUUUAUGUGACGGUAGCUUAUGCCAUACCCCCAAUACAGUCUGAGGGACACGUUGAAGAGCUGACCCACUCCCAGUCCCGUCAUUCAGCAACAGGAACAUCGGCGAAACACUUGCCUGGUAUAAACCGCGACCAUCUAUAUACAUAUAUAUACAUACAUGUAUAGAUAUAUAUAUAUAUAUAUAUAUAUAUGCAGAAUGAUAUUACCGACAAAGACAAGGGAGACUGGAAUGGCUAUUUCUGGCUUAUUAGCCGUCGUCAGCCAGCCAUACCCAAGCCCGAAGUGUGGAACACCCGAGCCUCGAACUCGCGACCUAUUGGUUUAGAAGUCAACGCCUCUACUCACCGGGCCACGAGCCCGUUGCCCUGUCGGUUUUCGAUCGGGAAUAUACAAUGUUAGGAAGCGCUCACCGAUCGUUCAUACGGAACUCACUCGUUCCGUUGUGCCUUAAGGGCUCUCUCUCGAGCCCAACCAGCAGCCGCACAGCGGCGCAUGAUAUAUAGGCAGAAUGAUAUUACCGACAGUCUCCCUUGUCUUUGUCGGUAAUAUCAUUCUGCCUUUAUAUCAUGCGCCGCUGCGCGGCUGCUGGUUGGGCUCGAGAGAGAGCCCUUAAGGCACAACGGAACGAGUGAGUUCCGUAUGAACGAUCGGUGAGCGCCCCCUAACAUUAGAUAUAUAUAUAUAUAUAUAUAUAUAUAUAUAUAUAUAUAUGUAUUUCGGUCAGUCGAUCAGCAACAUUUUGGAAGUAACCACGUCACUCAUUAUGAUUUCCAUCUUCUCCGAUUGUUUGACAGAAGGGGUCAUAGAUUUGAACUGCGCCAAAUUGCCAUCGAUGGUAAUGAAAUUCAUAACUGCGUCCCCAGGCACUAGGUUGCUCGUGGUUUAUCCACGCAGGUUGACUCCUGCCGCCCCCGCUAUGAUAUUAUGUCCUUGUUUUUCACUAUCGCCAUUCGGCUUAACGCCUGCCAGCAUUCACAUCUCAAAGGCGCGGGGGCGUAUCGGUAGUGACAUUUUUUUCGCUGGUUAUAUCGCGACCAAAAAUAGAUAGUCAGGAGCUUUCUGUUUACACCAAAACAAGACACAUUAAAGAGUGCGCAUUCGGCGUCUCCGUUGUUUCCUUCACUGCUAAUGUGGGUGCAAGUAACGCCACUUCCCCCCCCCGCUUCCCGCCGCCGUUGCUGCCGAUUAACUCGACCCGCGCAUGCCUCGAAGUCGGCUGCCGUCCGGCGUCCCUUCACUUCUGUUCGGGGCGCCCCCCUCUACCAUCAGAACCAAAAUACCGGGUAGUUUACAUAGAUGCCCUCAGACUUUCCUUUAGAAGGGUUUUUGUACUACCUUGCCUAAAUGUGUUCGAUAUCCAUCGGAAAAAAAAAGACAGGGAAACAAGGACUGAUUUCGAAGUUCAAUCGCCACUGCUUUAUCCAAAAGUCUGUUGUACAAUAGUAGAAGGAACGAUCAUCGAUCAGGUUACCGGACUCACUCGUCCCGUUGUGCCUUACGGGCUCGCCCUCUCAAGCCCAACCAGCAGCCGCACAGCGGCACGUAAUAUAGACAGAAUGGUAUUACCGGCAAAGGCAAUGGAGACUGGAAUGGUCAUUUCUGGCUUAUUAGCCGUCGUCAGCCAGUCAUACCCAACUCCGCCUAGAUUACGUGCCGCUGUGUGGUUGCUGGCUGGACUCGAGAGAAGGCCCUAAGACACAUGGGGACGAAUGAGUUCCGGUGAGCACGCCUCUGCCAUUGUAUAUUCCCGAUCGCAACCGACAGGACGACGAACUCGUGGUUAAAGUCUUGGAUUUCUAACCAACAGGUCGUGAACUUGAACCUCGAGGGCCCCACACCUGGGGGUUGGGUAUGACCGGCUGACGACGCCUAAUAAACCAGAAAUGGCCACUCUAGUCUCCCUAGUCUUUGUCGGUAAUACCAUUCUGCCUAUAUUACGCACUGCUGUGCGGCUGCUGGCAGGGCUCGAGAGAGAGAGCUUCAAGGCGCAGCGGGACGAGUAAGUUUUCUAAGGCGAUCGGUGCGCGCUCCACCACCGUAAAAGCACUUUCCUGACAUGCAUCACUACGUUGGCCUUUCAGUCCUUUGGCGCCUGCCUCUUUCUUCUCCUGUGGUCGAUCUCUUCACGGUCUACAGCCCACCGCUGACGGAGCAACAGCCAGCGACGCCUCUGGUACCGCUUUCUGACGCACGCUCCCUUGCUGCCGUCCUGAAUGCAGACCAGCCGAACGCAGCCUCACAGUUCCCCUUCGAUGGUGACGACGACGAUGAGAGGGAUGAGGAUCCUGGCAAGUCUCAGCCACGCCCAAGGCGAGCCUAUCAACUGCGCCGUCUCAUCUUCACCACCUACGCCCUCGAUCUUAACGCCACCUUCUACGCGCCACAUCUGCCGUCUUACAUUGAGGCUGCCUUAUGGGAGGACAAACUUUGUGGACCGCUGAAUCUGGUGUAAGCGAAACAGUUUUGCUAUCCCUCCGCGUCGCAGGUGUCCUUGUUGUUUGUCGUCUUGUCGCUUCGGCUCUUCCAAGCGACGACACCCACUCCCUGCCCCACAGAGUGUCCGUAGCAUCGGUGACUUGCACGUGAAUUAGUUAAUAUUGAUUCACACUUGCGCAGCAUCUACCGCACUCUCUUCUCUGUGAUAGGAAGACAGUGUCAAGGCGACUAGAGGUGGACGCCGGCCAAGUUGAGCAACCCGUCUACGCGUGCCACACACGACUCGGUUCCCUGGUCUUGUGUGCGUGGACGUCGUUAAGGCCACAUCCAGAAGUAGCCACCGCAACCUGACUCCCAGUCCUGAGAAGGGCCGAGUUAUCCCGCUAGUCGGCAGCCUUGUAGGCCACGGCUCUUUGUCUGUUUUAGUCAGUUUAAGCGCGCCACACCGACGUCUCGACCUCACACGUGCGCAGAGUUUAGGUAAAUGCACGUGUCUGCAUUUUUAGCAGCGUUCCACAUGACUACUUUGUUUUCUACCUAGUAGUGCGGCUGAGCUCCACACGGCUUUUCGUAACAGCCGUUCAAGACGCUGGUUUUGGUGCAAGCGCUCUGCUCACGGUCCGAUUCCAGCGCAUUCAUCAAUGUCUCAGCACGAAAUAUGGAGUGCGGAUGUCGUUGCAUUUGUUGACAGCCUGAGGUCCCGUGAACCAUGACCGGAGCAACUCGCGGCUCACGCGCUUAUCCCCUCUCGCGAGAAUUUGGACCUAAUCCAACUUGAAUGUGUGGCCGGGUCUCGUCGAAUGGGCCGCGACCUGAGAGUUGACGUCAUUUCUCCGUACCGCUACCGCGUGUUCGGCAAUUGGCCUCCGGAGCAGUCUUUCAGUUCCUCCGACGUAGUUGCUCACGGUCCGAUUCCAGCACAUUCAUCAAUGUCUUGGUUUCGAUACGCCUCAUCAACUGAGAGCGGGCUCGAGCGAGACGACGUCUCAGCGCACGACGAACCCGUUAUGACAGCUCACCCGUCAAGGAGGAGUGCUCCAGGGACGUCGUGGUCACUUGCACGUCUCAGCAACAAAACCAGAGUAGACGUGCUGUCUCCUGAACUGGUAACCAAUCAGUUCCGAAGUGUGUUUUCGGCUCGAAAGUGCUACUUGAGUAAGGUUGAAAUAUCAAUUAGCGUGCAACAUAAUCCCAGGACAUCUCAGUCAUGCCGGGAUUCUGACUUUUGAAGGGCCUCCUUUCCAGCUGACAGCAAAAAUUACACUGCGCAAAAGACGACCACUUAAGUAGUAUGCAUUCUUCCGUUGAUUUCCGAUUCCCCUAUAAAUUCGAAUAUAUUUUAUAGAAAUCAUGCGCAAAUAUGUUUUUCUUGUAAUUUUUUGGUACUUCGGUUGAGGGUAUCUCUCGGUUUUGCAGAACUUUUUCUAAUUACCGAAUUAUUUUAAAGUUGAACUGCCGUCAAACUUGUAUUUGAAGUUUCCAAACUACACGUUGGAUAGUUUACAUGUAAGUAAAAUCGCACAUUUCUAUACGCUAUUAAGGAAAGGUGAUAAGGAACAGAUUAAAUUUGCAAUGGGUGUUGGCGUAUCGUGUACUUUGUAUGCAGCAUCAAUAGAUUGGCAAAUACGAUGCUUUAUGAGCGCAGGUUUCACGGUCUUACCUUCUAUAAAGUAUAGUCGAAUUUAUAGGGGUAUAUAAAAUCAACAGGAAAAAUGCACACAACUUAAAUAGUGACUUUUUACUCGGUGUACAAAGGAAAGGAGCCUGUCAGCAUCCUGGCGUGGCGGAAAUAUCUUGGGGUUAUGGUGCGCUGUAAUUAGUAUUGCAACCUUACUUAAGUACAGUAGUGGGCUAACUCAUAAAAUGUCAACUGAAAUUCCGACAUGCGUCUCUGUUUCGAAAAGAUUAAUUAGGUAUGGUUGUAAAACUAAUCAUCGUGCAGCAUAACUCUAUAAUGAUUCAGUUACCUCAGGAUGCUGGCUUUCGAACGAACUUCUCUCCGGUUGCAUGUAAAAACUACACUCUGUAAAAAAUGACUACUUAUGUAGCAUGCAUUUUUCUCAUUGAUUUUCGAUGCCCUUAAAAAGUCAAUUAUAUUUCAUGGAAAAUAUGCAUGAAAAUAUUCAUUCCUCCUCUCAUUCGGUAGAAAAUUACGUCUUCUUUCAACUUUAUACUCGAGGGAGGGACACAAUUCGGUUUUAAAACAGUUUCUAAUUGUGAGACUUUUUAAUACCGUGAAAUGGCCCUUCAUAAAACGUCAUGUCUCUGCAUUUACCAGUAUGGCUUGCAAAGUUAACAGUAUGGAUCGAAUUCAAUGCUCAAUUUUAUGAACCCCAUAUGGUCUCCUCUCAAUACCGUAGAGAAAUGUGUGGUUUUCCGUACGCGGAAAAUACACGGCCUCUAGUUUUUAAAACCCUGAAUGCGAGUGUAACGGCAGGUCGGGUUCAAAAUAAUUUGGGAAUUGGAAAACUUUUUGAAAACCGAAUUGUGUCUCUCUUUCGAGAAUAAAAUUAGAAGACGUAAUUAUCUACCGAAUGAGUAAAAGGGUGAAUAUUUUUAUGCACGUUUUUCAUGAAAUGUGAUUGAAAUUUUAAGGGCAUUGAUGAACAAUGAGAAAAAUGUAUGCUACUUAAGUAAUAAUUUUUUACGGAGUGUAUUUUUGUGCAUGCAGCCGGAAAGAAGUUCACUCGAAAGCCGGCAUCCUGAGGUAACUGAACUAUCAUAAAAUCAUGUUGCAGGCUGACUAGUUUUACAACUCUACUUAAUUAAUCUUUUCGAAACGAAAACGCAUUUCGGAAUUUCGGUGGACAUUUCAUGAGUUAGCUUUUUCGAAUCUGACACGCAUUUCUGAACUGAUUGGUCAACAUUUCGUGAUGGCACGUCUACUGUUGGUCAGCAGGACCGGAGAAGUCGAGUUGAUGAUGAAGUCGAGUUUAAGUCGAGUCGAACCCCACCUUGCCGGCUUUUACUUGAUAUCACUCAUCAAAACAUUAUUAUUUGUUUUGCUACUAUCCGGUCAUUAGCGUAGUCCAUCGGCACUUUCCUCCGAUCGGACCAAUCAUUCUGCUAUCACAGUACUUGGUUUGUGUACCAUGGAUCUUGCCUGUGUCGAGGACGUCGCUGUGCCAGCGAAAAUAUAAGCUACUGAAACGGAAACAAAUUCAAAGACGGCCUAAGUGCUCCCCGAAAUAAGUUCCCCCAAUGCAAAGACGAUAGCUCCAGGUUUCGUGGUCGCCUACAUUUCGCAGCUCCCUGCAUGUGAUAAGUCUCUCAGGUUGGUAGAUAUCUCCGGCUAUGUUGGGUCCAUCUUUGUUCCAAAGAGACGAGGUGAAGAUAGCGUUGAUUACUGGACCAACCGGACCCCGGUGACAUUUCUCCCGCUAUUGAUCAUGGCCCAUACGUUUAGGUGGUGCGCACUUUCUGGAAGCAUCCACUUAAUUCCCAUCCUCCGAAACUGUCCCUCCAAUCAUUUGCCCAACGAGAGGUUGCAGUCACAUUACAGUAGUUCUUGAUUCUUGUGCUACGGAUCUCUUGUCUGUUCUGAUGACGUCUUUGCGCUGGCUAAAAUAUGAGUCACUGAAACACAAACAAGUUAAAAAACGAGAUAAGUGCUCCCCGGACUAAUUUUCCCCAAUCCCCAGGUUUCAUGGUCGCAUAUAUUUCGCAGUCCCCUGUAGGUGAUAAGUCUGUCAGGCUGGUAGAUACCUCCGGCUACGUUGGGCACAUCUUUGUACCGUCGCAUCCGACGAUGUCCACCGUAUGCUGCUCCACCCCAGAGUGAGAGCGAGGACGGUGACUCGCGUGUGAUUUAUCGUGAGAGCAGACUUGCGCUGCAUCUACCACACUCCCUCCUCCUCCCCCAUCUUUUUAUCUGUGUACCAGAGACAAGGUGAAAAUAACUUUGACUAUCUUAUCAAGCGAACGUCUAUAACAUUUCUCCCGCUAUUGAUCUUGGUCCAUGCGCUCAGGAGAUGCACACUUUCUGGAAGCAUCCUCCGAGACUGUCUCUCCGAUCAUUUGCCCAACUAGAGGUUGCAGUCAGGGCAGAACACAGUCGGUCAAAUGCACCACCCCAGCUGAGAUGGCUCCGCCAUCUGCCUUCACAACACAUUCGGUCAUUUUCAAAACCCGGCCUUGGCCGGGGACAGCGCCAAGGCAAUCAGCGGGAAGUCCCGGGUGGAUGUGACGGAAGCUGACGCUGAGACGACUAAUAGCAUUCCUUGGCCGGUGCAACUAACGUGCUAACCGGCUCACCUUCGCUCAAGAGUCUAUCGCCGGCCGACUACAUUGAAAAACACUCAUUCGCCAUGCAGUCGGCCUGCAGUACCAGCAGUCCACUGAAUCAGUAAUGGUGUAUGUUGCCAAUAGUACAGGCUGACUCAUGCGGUACCAUCAUAUAAAUCGACUUGUGUGUGUCCACCCAAUGCACAUACAUGGCUGCCUCACGAGGGUACAGGACCAUUAUUUAUUCUCCUGACUGCAUAUUCCUCGGUACUCCCCCCCCCAACCCUCCGCAUCGGGCCAUUGUUUGCACGUGGAGAAGCCCCUUCUCUCCGCGCCUCCAACCACCCCUCAGUCUAUUCUUGCACGUGGGCAUAAUAACAGUAAUAAACCUGAUAUACCCCGUGGCAGUAAGUUUCGGCGUCACGCGCAUGGUCUUUCGGCCUGAUUGACAAUCGACGCACUGAGCCGAUGUGGGGAUAAUAACCGAAAUAGCCUACGUCGCCCUCAUGGUGUCUGCUGGUCUAGUUUCGGGUACGCGCACGCGUUUGAUUGACGGACAACCUACCCAGCCAGGGCAUAGACAACGUAAAACUGGAGUGUCGAGGAGCCGCCAACGCCCAUACCCCACCUACAUGCCCUUUCAGUUCGGUUAGAAGAUUGCUGAAAGUGAAGGCUUUUCGCCGUCGCCACCACCACCACCACCACUGACAGUCCGCACAUGCUGCACAAUAGUGAGUAUAUCUCAGGUCAUCCAAAAAAGAGGUUGAAGGUACUACCAGUGAUCGAUCUCAUGAACUGUUAACUGGAAUUCUAAAAUGCGUAUUCGAUUAGGAAGGAUUACGUAAGUGGGGUUGUAAUACUGAUUAUCGUGCGGCAUAAUGUCGUAAUAUUCCAGACACGCCAGGGCGUCUGCUCUUUAAUGCACUUCUUUUUGGCUGCCUGCAACUACUGAACUUAGUAAAAAAAAAAACGACUACUUGAGUAGCAUGCACUUUUUAUCGAUUUUCAACGACCUUAUUAAUCCAAAAUGUAUUAGUUAGAUACCAUAUAGGUCUUAUAAAAUUGUGCAACAAAUGUGGCCUAUGUUGUAUGUGGUUACUUUUAACCAAGAAAACAGUAAUUCAGAACCCAGUAUGACUACCUGCCCGCAUCCCCCCUCACACGCUAAUGGUCCGCCCGUCAAUGUCUGUCCUGACGCGUCAACUAGUCUAGUGUGACUGUCUCACUUUCUCCUUUAUAUUCAUUUCUUCUGACGACGGGUUGGUGUCACCAAUUCGAAAAUUCACGAGUACAACUAAAUUUUUUCCGAAGAACCUCUCCUUUUUUCAGUAAUCCAUAUAUUUACAGUACAUGUGCUAACUCAUGAAAUGUCAACCAAAAUUUCAAAAUGCGAUCUCGUUUCGAAAAGAUAAAUUAAGUAUUGUUGUAAAACUAAUCAUGAUGCAGCAUAAAUCUAUAAUGAUCCAGUUACCUCAGGGUGUCGGCUAUCGAAAGAACUUAUUUUCGGCUGCAUGCAAGAUCUAUACUCUGCAAAAAAUGACUACUUAAUUAGUAUGCAAUUGUCUCAUUGAUUUUCGAUGCCCUUGAAAAUUCAAUUAUAUUUCAUGGAAAACAUGCAUACAAAUAUUCAUUCUUUUACUUAUUCGGUAGAAAAUCACGUCUUCUUCCAAUUUCAUACUCAAAAAGAGUAUAAUUCGGUUUUAGAAAAGUUUCUAAUUGUGAGAUUUUUCAAUACCGUUAAAUGGCCGUUCAUGAAACGUCAUGUAUCUGCAUUUACGAAUGUGGCUUGUAAAGUUAACAAUAUUGCUCAAAUCCACUGCUUAAUUUUAUAAACCUCACAUGGUCUCCUCUUAACGCCGUAGAGAAAUGCAUGGUUUUCCGUACACGGAAAAUAUACAGCUUGUAGUUUUGAAACCCAGAAUGCAAGUGUAACAGCAGGUCGGGUUCAACAUUAUUCGGGAAUUAGAAAGGUUUUUUCAAACCGAAUUAUACACUUCUUCCGAGUAUCAUAUCGGAAAAAGACGUGAUUUUCUACCGAAGAGGUGAAAGAAUGAAUAUUUUUAUGCAUGCUUUCCAUGAAAUAUAAUUUAAUUUUCAAGGACAUCGAAAAUCAAUAAGAAAAUUGCAUGCUACUUCAGUAGUCAUUUUUUGCAGAGUAUAGAUCUUGCAUGCAGCCGAAAAUAAGUUCUUUCGAAAGCCGACACCCUGAGGUAACUGGAUCAUUAUAGAUUUAUGCUGCAUCAUGAUUAGUUUUACAACACUACUUAAUUUACCUAUUCGAAACGAGAACGCAUUUCGAAAUUUUGGUUGACAUUUCAUGAGUUAGCACUUCUACUGUAUUUUGUGUUUUCAUUUAACUAACGGUUGUUCAUUAUCAAUUUGUUGUUUUGGUGGAUGCACUUGGUCUGACUUCCAAUUGGUUAGUGAUUUUUCAUGAGUCAUAUUACCUACUGCAUUAAAGCGUGCUUGACAAAAUUACGUGAACACAAUUUCUGCACAAGAAAAGGACAGUUCCUUGAAGGGGCUGGAUGCGCAAUCAAAAUGCGCAACGUUUAAGACGUCCAAAGUUCUCGCAUCAGUUUCCGUUAUCAGGUUUCGUGAAAUAGGUCACGUACUGUAUGCUUCAUAAAAAGCAUUAUUAAACAUACAGAUACAAUGCUAUUUGGAUGGACAUUCCACGGCCUUAAACGGUCCCAUCACUCGAAACCUUUUUGAGACCGGAAGAUAUCCUUUCUUCCAGCAUAAAAUUUGAAGUAGGCGUGGUUUUCUACCAAAUGAGUGCAAGAAAGAAUAUUUUUCUGAGCGUUUUGUGCAAAAUUUACAAGGACAAGGUAAGUUGAUAGAGGAAAUGCAUACUACUCAAGUAGCUAUUUUUACGUAGUGCUGUAUUUGUAGUAGGCCGAAAAGAAGUACAUCUUGUCGCUUUGUAAUUUCCUCAGAAAUUAUCUACGAAGUUGGAGUAGAUCAGUUUAUUCAAGGUGUAUAGGCUCAGACCGAGAAUUUUAUACCACUGACGAGCCGAACCCCUCGCAGCUGCGCCAUGCAGCGGCAAAACAUCGGCGAAACACGCGUGUAUGUCUUUUGGCUAGUGCCUGUGCUGUUAGUAUGGUAUUACCUAAUACAAGAGAAGCAAAUCUAAAAGCAAACAUUCCAGCCUGUCUGAAAUAUUACUACGCUGUCCCGCAUGAUAAUCAGCAUUGCAACCCCGCUUAAGUCAUCCUUCCCAAUCGAAUACAUAUUUCAGAAUUUUGGUUAACAUUUCGUGAGAUGGGUCACUGAUUGUGUCUUCAACCUCUUUCUUGGAUGACAUGGGAUAUCCUUACUGUGGUGCAGCAUAUGUGGACUGUCUGUUCCCUGACGAAGCCGACGUGGUUCACUCGAGGUCGGUGGUGGAGGCGAGCAGUCUUCACUUUCAGCCCACCUUUCACCUGCACAGUCCAACUGAGAGGGCGCGUAGGGGGGAUAUGGGUGUUGACAGCUCCUCGACACUUCAGUUUUAUGUUGUCUGUGCCACGGGUAGGUACGUUGUCUGUCACUCAAACGCGCGAGCGUCCCCAAAUGAGUGCAAGAAAAGGUGUUUUAUGGAGGUUUUCUAUAAAAUAUGCUUGGAUUCAUAUGGGCACCCUAAGUUUGUAGAACAAAUAUAUACUACUCAGGUAGUCACUUUUUACCGAGUGCAGUGAGUACAGGUGGCCGAAAAGAAGUGUAUUCAAAAACCAACAUCCUGGCUAGUCCGAAGUACGAUAGGAUUAUGCUGCAUUGUAAUCAUUAUUACAGCCUUACAUAGAUAAUCCUUCCCAAUCGAAUACGCAUUUCAGAAGUUCGGUUAACAUUUCAUCAAAUCAGUCACUCAUUGUACCUUCAAACUCUUUCUUGGAUGACAUGGGGUCAAGCAUGUGCGAACUGUUCGAUUCCUGACGAAACCGAUGAACACUUUCGUCACAAAUGAGGCAGUCCACCCAUGCGAUACCAUAGUGAGGUCAUCCGACGUCAUCUAAGAAAGACAUGUGAUGUGGUUUGAACAAGUUCUUUCUUGCCUUCUGCUCUGAAUGUGACCUCGCUGUCCGAGCGCAUGCAGCGAAGAGGUCAGCUCAAUGCCUAAUGCAAUACUCUCCGUCAAGACAUACAGGCCCUUUGUUGUUUAGUCUUCGUCACUGGAGGCAAACUACCCGGGUCCGUUGUAGCUGAUCACCGCGCGUGAACAAACACUGGCAGAAUGGAAUUACCGACAAAGACAAGGGAGACUGGAAUGGCCAUUUCUAGCUUAUUAGCCGUCGUCAGCCAGCCAUACCCAAGCCCGAAGUGUGGAACACCCGAGCCUCGAACUCGCGACCUGUUGAUUUAGAAGUCCACGCCUCUACCCAGGGGGCCACGAGCCCGUUGCCCUGUCGGUUUCCGAUCGGGAAUAUACAAUGGUAGGGGGCGCUCACCGAUCGUUCAUACGGAACUCACUCGUCCCGUUGUGCCUUAAGAGCUCUCUCUCGAGCCCAACCAGCAGCCGCACAGCGGCGCAUGAUAUAUAGGCAGCCCGGGUGUUCCACACUUCGGGCUUGGGUAUGGCUGGCUGACGACGGCUAAUAAGCUAGAAAUGGCCAUUCCAGUCUCCCUUGUCUUUGUCGGUAAUUCCAUUCUGCCUGUAUAUCAUGCGCCGCUGUGCGGCUGCUGGUUGGGCUCGAGAGAGCUCUUAAGGCACAACGGGACGAGUGAGUUCCGUAUGAACGAUCGGUGAGCGCCCCCUACCAUUGAACAAACACUGUUCGGCAACUGGUUUAAAUACUAGUAGAGUCUUAUCGAGUAAUCAGGUCACUGCAAGUCACAAACUGCAGAGAGCCGCAUUGGCAUCUUGGGACACUGUAACAACAGAAAUGUGGACCCUCGAUCAGAAACACCGCCGAUCUUCCCCCAGGCUUCUUUGCGCAACUACGCUCUGUGUCCCGACUAAAGUAGCCGGACGUCCGGUUGUCUGCCUCAAUACGGUCAACUACCCCUCUGUCCAAUCGCAGCAGUAUAGUCUGUGCAAAUCCGAUGCUGACAUGGAUUUCGGCCUGUGACGGCACUCAUUGCUCUGCGAUACAUACCACUGAAACACCAGUCACCAUUCAAACCAUGAGAACAGAAGACAAUUAUUAUUGAUUACGACUGACGAACCGCCGUGCGUAGAAGUGGUGGUGGCCAUCCUGUUUGUACGCUUCUAGCGGGUGCCCUCACCUCCCUCCUAUUUCUUCCUUUCUGCCACCCGCCAACAGACCAGCUCUCUACAUCGGAGAGUCGGAGAAGACUCCCCUCUACGCCAUUCGCACAGUCUCAGAGACCAGUCUGAGUCGUCGCACCACUCACCGGGUCUCCGAGCGUCUCUGGUUGGCCGCCGGCGCCGCUGCCGCGGGAGCUCUUCAACGGGCCAACGGCGGCGGCGGCAGCGGCAGUAAUGCCAGCUCCAUUUUUGACCUGACCGUGGCUCUCCGACGUAAGCACAACGACGCUGACGCGAAUGCCGGUGUCUACUGGCCAAAAAGCCUGUUUGGCCUCUACGAACUAUCGGCUGAUUCUCCGCGCGUCGACCCCUCCUGGUCUCCGAAACCGCACACCUCCAAUCGACUCUUUCGUAUCACAGAUGCCUCACCCAGGUUUGUUUCCAUUUUUCAGAUUUUAAUUCUCGCCGUCUCGUACCUUCCACCUAGAAUAUAAACUCUAUUGAGAGUUCAUUCUCGAGGUCACCAGACUCAAGAUGGUCUCUCAUUAGGGUCUUACUUGCCACGCUUUCAAUAACGAACCAAAACUAUUGUGUAAAAAUAAUUGGCGGGUGUAGGUGGUUGUUCAGAAAUCUACCUUCAUAUCUCAUAUACAGUAGGUGGGUCAAAUCAUGAAAUGUCAACCGAAAUUCUGAAAUGCGUUAUAAUAAUUCAGUUACCUCAGGAUGUCGCCUUUCGAACGAACGUCUUUCCGUCUACUUGCAAAAUUAUGCUCUCUAAAAAAUCACUACUUAUGUGGCAUGCAUUUUUCUCAUUGAUUUCCAAUGCCCUUAAAAUUUCAAUUACAUUUCAUGAAAAACACGCAUAAAAAUACUCAUUCUUUUGCUCAUGCGGUAGGAAAUUACGCCUUCUUCAAUUUUUACACUCGAAGGAAGGGCAUAAUUCAGUUUUCAAAAACUUUUCCAGUUCCCGAAUAAUUUUGAACCCGGCCUGCCGUUACACUCGCAUUCAGGGUUCCCAAACUACAAGCCGUAUAUUUUCCGCGUACGGAAAACCAUACAUUUCUCUACGGUGGUAAGAGGAGACUAUAUGGGGGUUCCUAAAAUUAAGCCGUGGAUUUUAGCAACAUUGUUAACUUUACAAACCACAUUUAUAAAUGCAGAGACAGGACGUUUUACGAACAGCCAUUUCAUGGAUUUAAAAAAUCUGACAGUAAGAAACUUUUCAAACCCGAAUUAUACCUUUCCUUUGAGUACAAAAUUGGAAGAAGACGUAAUUUCCUAGCGAAUUAGCAAAAGAAUGAAUAUUUCUAUGCAUGUUUUUCAUGAAAUAUUAUUGAAUUUUUAAGGACAUCGAACAUCGGUGGGAGAAUGCAUGCUACGUAAGUAGUCAUUUUUACAGAGUAUAGUUUUUGCAUGCUGCCGGGAAGAAGUUCGUUCGAAAGCCAACAUCCUGAGGUAACAGAAUUAUUAUGUAAUUAUGGGCCGCGCGAUGACUAAUUUUAAAACCCUUCUUAAGUAAUCUUUUCGAAACGAGAACGCAUUUUGCAAUUUUGGUUGACAUUUCAUGAGUUAGCCCACCUACUGUAGGCAGGUGUGUUUCAUAACGGUUCGCCUGACUAUAGGCCACUAAAGGGACUUUGUGGUACGCGGAUUUUGACUUUUACUAGCGUUUUUGAUGUUAAAAGUGCUCAUACCGGGCUGAAAGUUAAGAUUGGGGUUGGUGUCAGGAGUUGGGUUGCCAGGUCUAGGUUGUGAUUUUGGUUUUAGGUCGAGGCUAGGGCUAGGAGUAGGCUUAGAAUUUCAAUUAGGGUUAGGAUUUUUAGCCUUGGGUCAAGGUUAGAGUUGCAUAUGAGUUCUCUCUAGAGUGUUACCAAUUGACGGUCAAGGUUACUUAUUACAUGGAUGGUGACGGUUGGUGUAAGAGUUGUGGUUAACUUCAUUUUUCCCAGCGAGCUGCAUACCAUACCCUUGCCACAUGAUAAACCCUAGUAUAUUUAAACUCUGUAUAAUUCGCGACUUCCAAUUUUAAAUAAAAAGAAUCUUUGGACAAGACAAGCGAUGCCGAUUUUUGUAAGGACCGACUCAGAUCUUCUGUACUGUUUUGAAUCGGAUAACUUACAGGUGCUUAAAGUUGGCUUUCAUAGUGUACCCACUUAUCUAUGAUUCGCCGCGAGGUCUCAGGUUGUCUGCAACACUUGACGCGAAAUUGGGCCGAACACCUUCCGUAAGUGGUGAAGCCGUGGAUCGAUUUCUUAUGUCUGGAGUGUCAAGACAUACCACACACCUCAGGCCACCUCAGUGUGCAUCUGCUCCUUCACUUGCUCCUGUGGAGCAGGUUAUAUUGGUCGUAAGAGUCGGCGCCUUUCCAAAAGAAUACGAGAGCAUCCCCUCGCAUGGGUAGCAAAAGGUGAAACUAGGAGAAUAGACAGCGCCAUCCUUGCGCAUGCAGUGGAUUCCGGGUGUCGUGUGGACCCCGCUGGAGCAUUUCGUGUGAUUUAUAAGGUCCCUUGAGCUACCCUGAGGUACUCGGUCAGCGCCUAUUAGCAACAGCAGAAGCGGUCGCCAUCAGCUUACCAAAAUCGACCCUGUGUGCCCAGAAGAACCUCGUUCAGGCGCCGCGCUUACCGUGGGCAAAGGUUUACUAGCCACAUACAACUUUUCGUACCCCUCCGCUCUUGUCUAGCCUGUGUUUUUUAAAACUUUUAUCGAUUUUUUCAAUCGCUGUAGCCCGUUCUCAUAUAAGUGUACCGGUCUGAAAAGAAGUUAUCGAAAGCAGCGUUUCAGGUUAGCAAACCUAAAUGAUCCGGGUCGAUAAUCUGAGGAAAGGGAAGUACUCACCGGAUCGAGGGAAUUGUUUGGCUGAAGAUUCGAAGAGCUUGGGCGGCUCUCCAUUAUCCAAGCGUCUAGUGCUAAAGAGCAACGUUUGCUCGCCACUUUGUCUUCUAAAUUCAAUGUCUAGGACGGAUCGAAACUGUCGUGUUGGGGCAAUAUGAGUUGGGUUUUUCUCAAGACUAGGGUUGCCAGGUCUAGGUUGUGAUUUCGGUUUUAAGUCGAGGCUAGGGUUAGGCACAGGGCUUAGAAUUUCAGUUAGGGCUAGCGUUUUAAAGCCUGGAUCAAGGUUACGGUUGCAUAUGAAUUUUCCUCUAGUACUUGCCAGUUUAGGGUCAAGGUUACUCAUCACAGGCAUGGCCACAGUUUGUGCUAGAGUUGUACUUAACUACGGUUAUCCCACUGUGGCAGCAUACCAUACUCUUGCCAAAGAAUUAAUCCCAGUAUAUUUAAACUCGACACUAUUCUUGGUUGUUAAUUUUCAAUGAAAAAAGUGCCUAGAUCUGACGGUCGCAUGCAGAUUUUCAUAAGGGCCGGCGUGCUUACACACCAACUCAACCUUACAGCUGCUUAGAGUCGGCUUGCCAAGUACCACUUAUUUCUGAUCCGCCGUGAUGCCUCAGGAGACUUGCAACACUUUAAGGACGAUUAGGACUGAUGCUAAAUUGGGCCAAACACCGUCGGUGAAGCCGUGGAUCGAUUUCUUAUGCCUGGAGUGUCAAUACAUACCACACAGUCCUCCAAAGCCACCUUGUCCCUUUCGGGCGAACGCAUUUACUUUUCGCACGCUGUCACCACACAAACUAGUAUGUUAGCAACAUUGUCUCAUGGACAAUGCUCCAUAACAAAAAUACUAUAAGGCCCAGGAGCGGGUAACUCAUCUUCCGCGUCCAAAGGGGGGGGGGUGGAAUUGUGAUGUAGUCAGAAUGUUAUUACCGACAAAUACAAGGGAGACUAGAAUGGCCAUUUCUGGCUUAUUAGCCAUCGUCAUCCUGUCAUACGCCACGUCGAGGUGUGGAACGCCUGGGGCUCCGCCCCACGACCUGUUAGUUAGAAUUGCAACGCCUCUAACCACUGAGCCACGGGCUCGUUUUCCUGUCGGUUUCGGUCGGGAAUGUACAAUAGAAAAGAGGGGCUCACCGAUCGUUCUACGGAACUCACUCGUCCUGUUGUGCCUUACGGCAACACCAUUCUGCCCAUAUCAUGCGCCGUUGUGCAGCUGCUGGUUGGGCUCGAAAGAGAGCCCGUAGGGCACAACGGGACUAGUGAGUUCCAUAGAAACGAUCGGUGAGCGCCCCGCUACCAUUGUGAUGUAGUCUCUGGGCUUUCGUAGUAUUGCUUUGUUUGCUUCGCCGCUUCUGAACCUCCAUUUUUUGGAGGGUGGAGGAGGAUAGCUGCCGUGGUCAAUGACUCCUAUGAAAUAUUAACCGAAAUUCUUCAUUUUGAUUCAACUGUGAAAAACUCGACGACCUCGGUGGGGUUUGAACCCACACCAGCAAGUACAGCCAACACUCUACCUGCCGGGAGCCAUUAGUUUAAUCAGAUUUGGGUCAAGUUACCCGCCCAGUCUACGGCAACUUGUGGAAUCAACCAAAUCCGAUGCAGUAAGCUGACCGCCCAAGCAGGAUUUCCUAUUUAAUCAAUCUAGAUCCCACCACAUGACUCACUUUAUAGGCGUUUUGGCAGAUUUUGAGUAACCUACCAUGAAUGUUUAUGCCGUAUCAUGAAGACGUCAUAUAGGCCUUAUAACAUUUAGCAGUGAAUGUGGACAAUGAGUUAUAUCCAAGUGACUGACCAGUCAUGAAACACAGGAACACUGCGCCCUUCAUCUUUUGAUAACUUUUUCUUGUGAAUGCCUUUUAAUUAUUUAAACGGUAUCCCCUCACUUCGGAUAAACAAAACCUCCAAAAAGGGGAUGACGUUUUCACUUGGAAAGGCGUACAGUUAACACACAGUGCGUCAUUUACUGGAGCUAUUUCAGUUUGACAAGUGCAUAAGAGCCCAUAGUGUAUCACAGUGACCGAUCUCAAGGAAUGUUGGCUGAAAUUUUGAAAUGCGUUUUCGAUUAGAAAGGAUCACUUAGGCGCCGUUGUAAUACUGGUUAUCUUGUGGCAUAAUCCUAUAAUAUUUUCGUCUUGGCAGGAUGUCAGCUUUUGGGUGCGCCGCUUUUCAAAUGCCUGUAGAAACCGUACUCGGUAAAAAAAAAAGCUACUUAAAUAGCAUGCAUUUUUCCCAUUGAUUGUCGAUGAUCUUGAAAAUUAAAAUAUAUUUCACAGAAACCACAAGCAAAAAUAUGCUUUCUUUAUCUUUAUAUGUUAUACUCGAAAAGGGAGUAUAAUUAGGUUUUAAAAAGGUUUCUAAUAGUGAGAUUUUUUAACCCGCACAAUGUCCAUUCAUAUAGCAUUGUACCUGUCUGUUUGCCACUGUUCCUCAUGAAAUUUACCACAUAGUCCGCAUUCAUUGCAAAAUUAUAUGGACUCUAUUUGAUAUCUUUUUGAAGGCAUUGUAGAGCAUGUGAUUUUCUUUCCGCGGACCGCAUGUAGACUGGAAUCACUAAAAGCUAGUGCAGCGAUCGAUCAGGCUCCAAAUUAUUCGGCUAUUAGAAAACUUUUCAAAACCCAAUUUUACUUUUUUUUCGAGUGUAAAAUAUAAAGAUGACGUGAUUCUCUACCAAACGACUGAAAAACACACAUUUUUGCUUGUGGUUUCUAUAAAAUAUCCUUGGAUUUGCAAGACCAUCGAAAAUCAAUGGAAAAAAUACAUGCUAUUCAAGUUGUCAUUUUUCACUGAGUACGGUUUCUACAGGAGAUUAAAAAACAGUGCAUCCAAGAGCUGCGAAGUCCGAAAUAUCAUGGGAUUAUGCCACAAGAUAAUCAGUAUUACAACGGUGCCUAAGUUAUCCUUUUUAAUCGAAGAUGCAUUUCAGAAUUUCAGCCAACAUUUCAUGAGAUCGGUCGCUCGUUGUAUCGUUUAUUUGCGACGUGCGGUGAAAGGGCAUGCGACCUGCUACCUUUAAGGAGGAAUGAGGACUGACACGAAAUCGGGUCAAACUCCGUCGAUAAGUGGUAAAGCCAGCCCAGCAACAACUAAACUUCCACUACGGAAGCCUUGCAGCAAUUAGCUUCACCCUAAACAACACCGACAUUCUGUGAGCCUUCUUGCUUUGCAUAGCGAACGGCAGGAUCCGUUGUGUAAAUCAUUCGUCUCAAGACAACCUUGAGGCUGCAAGACCGGAUAGCCCUCGAAAUUAGCAAUUUACGCUCUAGUUGGAGCGCUGGAACAUGUGUUUUCAUGAUAGGUGAACCCAUUUUUGGACUCCAAAUCUAAUAUGGUAAUGUUAUUUACAUUAUCUCUCCCUCUAUAUCUAGUCACGACGCCAUCAUUCUGCCUGGCUCUCCACUCUCAAUCGGGCUUCCGGGGAGUGAGACGCCCUCCGAGGUCGUCGCAGCACCCACCAUCACAGCACUCCGUCUUCUGCUCGCAGUACUCCUCUGUGUGGGUUGCCUGAUGCUCCCGGUUGCUGCCCUGCUGUGGACGCGCAGACGUGUCCGUCAGGACUCUCUGGUAGGUUUCUGCGGUCAUUAUCCCAACCGUCCGUAUGUCCCUCCCCCCUCCUGCAUGUUCACUUCGCUAAGUGAAUCUGGGGCAGGCUGCAUCGACUGGAGAGUGUGAGUUAUCGCACCUGGCGUUCUGAUCUCGAGCCUAUCCUGUGGACUCACCUCCCCCCCACCUCCUGACGUUUGCGGCAGCCCAUCUUCACAACAAGCCACCCACGGUCGCCUUGACCACUGGCGGAUCCCCUGACGUCAUGGUUGCCACCCACGUGGCUGCCGACUUUAUAGCUUUGGCCAUGCACAUUUAUCGUGGAUUUUGUGAACAGGGCGGGAUAGUGGAACAAGCCAGCAUGUUCAAUGGGACGCCUACUGCGGGUCUUUUCGGCCUGAUUCUGAUUACAACGGACUCGCAGCCCCUUAGCGAGACUCGCGUCUAGUCCCAGGGAGUUAGAAAUUAAACGGUGCUAGGCAUCAGUACAGAGAGUCGCCGAGAUGGAUCAGAAGAAUAGGCCGCUAAGCAAACCAAAAAGAUAAUGACUAGUCCGGCUGAAAACGCCCUGUAGUACUAGAUUCAAUUCAAAAAAAAGGUUUGGGUAAUAACCACUGGCUUAAACAGCCUGAAUAGAUGUCAACUCCAUUCGAAUUGCUUGUUGACAUAAUACCUGCACCCUUGAAAUUCUCUGCUUACAUAGUGCUCUGCCGAACAUCCUCUGUCGGAUGGGUCUAGCGGUACCAGGAUAAGUCAUCGGUCGGCUAAUUUUAGCCUUACGGAGGUUUAUGUCUCGAAACAGUCUGCAUAAGCUGUGACAACGAUGAGUGGCUGACAUACCUGCAUAUUCAACACACAUAGUACCUCGGAGUGAGUGAGAGAAACUGCCUCCACAACCGUCCUCCUUUUGGAGAAAAAGUCAGACCAUGACUUCGCAUAUCCACCCCCACUAUAAUCCAGCAAAUGCGCAGGUACGCCACCGAUGCGUCGCAAAGAAGGCGUAGCUUGGGGAGUUGCCAAAUGGUGACGCAAGUUUGUCGUCUGGGAGUGGGAAAAACUACUAGCCAAAAGUGUCACUGUUGACUUUCAAGGCUUAUCGGUACGAUUUUUGAAUAUUAUUGAUCCUCUACGGCAAGGAUCUGCAAUGCGUUAUUCCGGUUUUCCUUUACGAUGUGCCUGAUCUUUUUUGGCUAGUGGGGAAAUUCUAUCAAUCUGGUGACAGUUUGGACAGCUGCACUGUCGAAUGCGGCUCGCUAACUUGGUUAUUUUUGGUCGCACCUCGACCCUUACUUCCGUCGCCUCCUUAUCGACUCACUUGCCUACACCAGUCAUUACGAUGUGUUCUGCACCGCAUUCUGGGGCCCAGUGGGCCCGUAAACGCUCGUGUGGCCGUCUGAUUUACCUGUCGCCUAAAAAUCGGGUCCCAGAUGUUAUCCAUUCGGCCCCAAGCAUGCCUGAGCCUUACAGCUCUAGCUUACGUUUUUUCAACCCGUCACGCCUGUUGACUCCGAGGCUGCAAGCGCAGUAACCGUUUCGGUAUGCGCUAUUCGUACAGGCGAGCUUACCUUCAUGUCCAGUCUUCCCGACAUAUUUGCAGUCACACCUGUCGCAGGGAACCUUUUAAACACCUGCCACUGGAGGAAAAUUGCCACACUGGUUCCGCGGCGUUCGGUGUCCUCAUACACGCCCAGCGCUAAUCUCCCAGCCUGCGAUUUUUCCAAAAAAAGCUUUCACGGCUAGAACUUGUCCAGCCCUCGUGUAAUCUCGGUCGCUUGCAAUUACACCAGCAAGGGACGUGCUCUUCUCAUUUGUAGACAUGAGGCUUGAUCCUGAUUCAACAGCUGAGCUUCAUAUCAUUCCUGCAAACCUUUUUCGCACCAGUCACUCCUCCCUAUUGAUCGCGGCCAGCUUUAGAUCACAGGCCAUUGAUUACCAUCUCUGCGCCUUGUCUAAUGAAUGCCCCUUUACCUUUGACAGAGCGUCCAAACGCAGCACAACUCACCCACUCUGCCGGCAUCUUUCGACUCACCCGAUGCCUCCGGCUGGGCCGGCCACACUGCAGACUCUGUCGCCCAUCCAGGCGUGGUCCGUUUCAACACAAAUCAAGUACUCGGAUGCGGCAGUAAUGGUACCAUUGUGUUUGAGUAAGUUCGCCAUCCGUAACGGCUUGCUAAACUCUCUCAGACGGUUAAUACUGAUUCUAUCCUGUUGCAAAUGACUCAAUAUCAACCCUUUGUUAUUAGUAUGCGUCGGAGAGACUUGUCUGUUACCUCAUUCGAGGCGGUUACCCGGCUGAGGUCACUGUCUUGAGGCGCUUCUGAUGUGAUCUAGAUGUGUCAGGUCGUGUCACUGUGGGCAGCUCAACACCCCAGUACAACUACAGUGCGUGACCGAUCUCAUGCAAUGUUGGCCCAAAUUCUGGAAUGCGUUUCCGAUUAGGAAGGAUUACUUAGGUGGGGUUGUUAUACUGAUUAUCAUGCAGCAUAACCCUAUAACAUUUCGGACUCGGCAAGAUGUCGGCUUUUGACUGCACUUAUUUUUUACCUCCGACAGAAACCACACUCUGUAAAAUAAAAGUGAUUACUUAAGUAGCAUACAUUUUUCCUGUUACCUUUCGAUGUUCUUAUAAAUUCAAAAUAUUUUAUAAAUAACAUGCACAAAAAUAUGCAUUUCUUUGCUCAUUUGGUAGAAGAUCACGCCUUGAAGUCACAGGGGAAUAUGCUAUUUUCCUUACGCGGAAAGCAUGCGCCAUGUAGACUGAAAUUGUUUAACGCUGAUGCAAUGACAGAUAAGGCUGGAAACUAUUCGGGAAUUGGGAAACUUUUUAAAAAUCCCAAUACACACUUUCUUCGGGCAUAAAGUAUGAAUGCACUGUAAUUUCCUUCCAAAUGAGCAAAAGAAAGCAUAUUUUGCGCAUGUUUUCUAUAAAAUAUAUUUGAAUUUAUAAGAUCACCGAAAAUCGAUAGGAAAAGUGCAGACUGCUUAGGUAGUCAUAUUUACCGAGUGUGGUUUCUGCUGGAGGUCGAAAAGAAGUGCAUUCAAAAGCCCACAUCCUGGCGAGUCCGAAAUGUUAUAGGGUUAUGCUGCAUGGUAGACAGUAUAACAACCCCACUUAAGUAAUCCUUUCUAAUCGGAAACGCAUUCCUAAAUUUGGGCCAACAUUUCAUGAGAUCGGUCACGCACUGUAAGUUUGAACCAAUCCGGAGGCUUGUGUGGACAGGUGGUGGAGGUCUGAAGUUGUUCCAACUGCAAUCAGCUGGUUAGGGUGUCAGGUCGUGUUAUUGUGGGCAGCUGAACACCCCAGUGCAGCCACCUAUUCAUCAAACCAGCCAACCUUUUCUCGUUGUGUUUGCCAAACCAGAUUUGCACAUCGCUGGGGAAAAUUUGGCCUCUUUUUGCAAUUUGCCAGCUGUCUUCUCACUGGACUUUUGCGUUUUUCGCUUCCAGCGGUUUCUACGGUUCUCAACCGGCCGCCAUCAAACGCAUCCUACGGCAGCCGGCCUUUGAAAAGAGUUGGCUUCGAGAGCACAACAUCCUGCUGCAGCAUCAUCAUGAGCAUCUGAUUCGCUGCUACUGGACGGUACGUUCCAGGCCUCCUUGGGCCUCACUCUUGCCACCGCCACUUGGCCCUCCCACCAGCGUACAUCUUUUACCUGCUUCAACAGUCACUUUUGCUUAGAAAAAAAGAUCUUGUGGGUAAUUCCUCGGCGAUCGGUAUUCAACAGGUAUAGUGUUGCUCAAAAGUUACUGAGCUUUAAGCACUACAUGUACUGCCGUCUGGAAGGAGGAUUCCCGGGUUUAUUGCGUAACCGGUGUAGUUUCGUUUGGGGACAAAUCCGGAGUGUGUCGAAAGGGAUGAGACUAUGGUUCGUCAGUUCAUUGUCGUCUCACCAGAAUGCACAGACUAACUUUCCUAGCCCAUAUAUCUAAGUAAAUCGCAGUUCAUCGGCUUUGACAGCACGGUUGGCCUGUGUUUGAUUGGUCUAAAGGUGGGAAUCUUCAUCCUUUCCGUUUAGAAUUUACAUAUUGCCUCUGGCGGCGCCGAAGCCUCGCUUGGUGCGGUAUUACCCCUAUGCCUGGUGACCGUUUCUUGGGUAACCGACCCAAGUUUGCUGGGGUGCCAGCCCUCACUGAUGGACGUUCCGCCGUCCUUUGGCGUGUCAGUGAGCUGGCAGCCACAGCGCGUGACCUAACUAAUGAAAUUUGUCGAAAUUUACGAAUGAUUUGGGCAAUAUUUUUUUUACCGACAAAGACAAGGAGACUGGAAUGGCCAUUUUUGACUUAUUGGCCGUCGUCAACCAGUCACAUACCCAGCCCCGAAGUCUGGAACACCAGAGACUGGCACUCGCGACCUGUUAGUUAGAAGUCCACGCCUCUAACCACUGGACCACGAUCGUUCUUACCGUUCCGUUGUGCCUUACAGGCGUGGACUUCUAACGAACAGGUCGCGAGUUCGAGCCUCGGGUGUUCCACACUUCGGGGUUGGCUAUGACUGGCUGACGACGGCUUAUAAGCCAGAAAUGGCCAUUUCAGUCUCGCUUGGCUUUGUUGGUAAUGCCAUUCUGCCUAUAUCAUGCUCCGUUGUGCGGCUGCUGGUUGGGCUCGAGAGAGAGCCCGUAAGGCACAACGGAACCAGUGAGUUCCGUAAGAAAGAUCGGUGAUCGCACCCUACCAUUACGAAUGAUUGCCAAUCACUGGCAAACCGCCACCAUUUCAUGCGUCAAAUGUCUAUGUUAAUUAAGUACAAGUUCGAAAGAAUUAAAACACAGAAGAAAUACUAAAGGCAGUUUUGCGUUGUUUAGAAACGCCGAUUUUUUUGGAAAAGCGCAGUAUCCCAAAAACGUCUGAAAUGGCUGUAAUUUAGUAAGCUUUGGUUUGAGAUAUAGAGAAUAUAUUCUCAAACCAAAACGUAGUAAAUAGGAAAGUACAAGUAAAAUAACGUUUAGUAAUAGUGCUUCGGUGAAGUUAACAUCUAAAUAUCGUUUAAGAAUUACUGUGCUUUCAUAUAUGGCGGUUUGACAACAAUCUACAUUUUCAGUAAAGAUUCAAAAACAGUCUUCCAGGGAUUCGGGGUCUUCUUUACUCGUUUAAGUUGAAUGAGAUGUGGGACGUCGUAGGAACAAAAGUUUUCAUAAGGCGACAUGCUGCAAAUGCAGAUCGGCGCCUAAUAAAUUUAAAUAGAACUGACAGGCGUGAUCGUAAACAUGCCAUUUUGUUCUUGUAGAGUGAACUUUUCUUCCGUUAAAUUGAUUUACACUUUUCGUCCAUUUUGGAUUAAGUUGAGUUUUAGAUCGACCUCGAAAUAUUGCUGAAGUAGGCGUGACGCAGAUUUUGUACACUGGAAGACGAAGGUGAAAGAGCAGACACUGGCGAUACUUUCGCGGGUGAAGUUCCGUUCAAAAAGCCCGCGAUAUUGCCAUGUUAGAUGACAUAAUUAGCACAGCACAGGCCUCGAAGACUGCGACACGUGCAGUUGGGUGUAUGUGGACUUACCACAACGUGCAUUGUCCAAUCUUGACGCAUCAUUUAGAGAGCCCCCGUUCAAGCGGUCGGGCACAGGAAUAUCGCCUCCCACAAUUACAGGCGACCUUGCGCCAGAUUCCAAGGGAUUCGGAUUAGGAGUCGGGGUAAUAAUUAGGACAUUUGAAUAGUUAGCUCCCUGACAAUCAGCGCAUGGCCAUCUGUAAUACGGAGAAUCCUUAUUCCUAUGUUCAACCUAAUAAACCCUUGAUGAAGUUGUUUAAGGUAACAGCUGUUACUUUCAAGGCGAUCCUAUGUUACUAGAAUCAUAUGACACUUGACCACGUAAUCCUCUCCUCAGCAAAUAGCUAUAUGCUUCGAGUCAGCUCCUAAACCGACUCGGACAACCGUAUCACUUGAGCAUGCUUUCAGACACCUGAGACGCGAACAAGCAAGUUCAGGUCGACGCUAGCGUGCUGGUGCAGCAUCAGUGGCUUGUGCGUGAAUUAGUUUAUAGUAGUAGGUUUGCGCGGCACCUGCUAUCCUCUCUCUCCCUCCCCCCGCACCCAUCUUGCUCCAAUGGUAAGCCAAUGUUGGGACGAAUGAUGGUGGGUGUUGGCACCGUGGCUGCCAAAGCUAACCCGACCGUCUACGCGUGCCACGCGCACGCGCGACCUGAUCUCGGACUGCUGUAGUAGUCGUCCUAACAUGCCAAGUUGCAGAUUGCAUCUAGAAGGCAAUAUCUAUCGCUGAAACCAUGCUUCCGCCCGCGUGAGGAAAGGGAUAAUGCUGCAGACAGUCAUUUACAAACAGAAUUCACGGACUAAUUAUUAUCUUUUUGGUUUACCUAGCGACCUAUUCUUUUGCUCCAUCUCGGCGACUCUCUGGACUGAUGCCUAGCACCGAUUAAUUGUUAGCGAGACGUAAUUAUCUACCGAAUGAGCAAAACAAUGGAUAUUUUUACGCAUGUUUUUCAUGAAAUAUAUUUGGACAUUUAGGGGCAUCGAAAAUCAAUGGGAAAAUUGCAUGCUAAUUAAGUAGUCAUUUUUUACAGUGUAUCGUUCUUGCAUGCAGUCGAAAAUAGGUUCAUUCAAAAGCCGACACCCUGAGGUAACAGAAUUAUUAUAUAAUUAUGUUGCAGACUGACCAGUUUUACAAUCCUACUUUAUUAAUCUUUUUGGACCGAAAACGGCUUUCGGAAUUUCGGUUGACAUUUCAUGAGUUAGCCCACCUACUGUACUUUCAAGGCGAUGAUAUUUAACAAGAAAUACCAUCUGCUACUAGAAUCAUAUGACGCUUGACCACGUAAUCCUCUCCUCAGCAAAUAGUUAUAUGCUGCCAGUCAGCUCCCAAACCGACUUCAGACAAUCGUAUCACUUGAGCGUGCUUCCAGACAAGUUCAAAUCGGCGCCAGCGUGACAGCUCGUCCAUCGAUGCUCCCACAGGCUGGUGCAGCACCAGUUACUUGUGCGGGAAUUAGUUUAUAUAGGUAGGUUUGCGCGGCACCUGCCGACCUCUCCGAUCUUGCUCCAAUCGUAAGGCAAUGUCGGUUGCGAGCUACAUACGUGGGGAAGGUUCAUGCGUCAAGACGAAUUAUGGUGGCUGUCAAAGCUAACCAGACCGUCUACGCGUGUCACACGCACGCGCGACCUGAUCUCCACCGGGCUGCCAACAUGCCAAGUUUCAGGUUCCAUCUACAAGGAAACUGUCUAUCGCUGAAGCUAUGCCUCCGCCCGCGUGAGGGGAGGGAUGAUGCUGCAGACAGUCAUUUACAAACAGAAUUCACGAACUAAUCAUUAUCUUUUUGGUUUGCUUAGUGGCCUAUUCUUUUGCGCCAUCUCGGCGACUCUCUGUAUUGAUACCUAGCACCGUUUAAUUUUUAACUUCCCGGGGACUAGACAUGAGUCUCACUAAGGGGCAGCGCGGCCGUUGUUAGAAUCAGGUCGAAAAGGCCCACAGUACACUUUCCAUUGAACAUGCUGGCUUGUCCCAUUGUCCCUCCAUGUUCACAAAAUCCACGAUAAAUGUGCAUGGCCAAAGCAAUAAAGUCGGCAGCCACGUGGGUGGCAACCAUGACGUCAGGGUAUCCGCCAGUGGUCAAGGCGACCGUGGGUGGCUUGUUGUGAAGAUGGGCUGCCGCAAACGUCAGGAGGUGGGGGGGGAGGUGAGUCCACAGGAUAGGCUCGAGAUCUGAACACCAGGUGUGGUAACGCACACUCUCCAGUCGGUGCAGUCCGCUUCACACUCACUUAAGGAAGUGAACAUGCAGGAGGGUGGGGGAGACAUACGGGCGGUUGGGAUGAUGACCGGAAAAACCUACCAGAGAGUCUUGACGGACACGUCUGCCAGUCCACAGUAGGGCAGCAACCGGGAGCAUCAGGCAACCCACACAGAGGAGUACUGCGAGCAGAAGACGGAGUGCGGUGAAGGUGGGUGCUGCGACGACCUCGGAGGGCGUCUCACUCCCUGGAAGCCCGAUUGAGAGUGGAAAGCCAGGCAGAAUGAUGGCGUCGUGACUAGAUAUAGAGAGGGAGACAAUGUAAAUAAUAUUACCUUAUUGGAUUUGGAGUUCCGCACAGUCUACCGCUCUUAUGGCGGAGUCCAAGAAUGGGUUCGCCUCUCGUGAAAACAAAUCUUUCCGCCCUCCAAGUGGAGAGUAAGUUUCUAAUUCCGAGGGCUAUUCGACCUUGCAGCCUCAAGGUCGUUUUCAGAUAGAUGAUUCUCGCGUUGGUUAUGCAAAACAAAAACACGCUCAGAAUGUCGGCGUUGUUUGGAUUGUAUCUAAUUGCUGCAAGGUUUACCGUCGUGGAACUUUAAUUGUCGCGGGAUAGGGAUCUAUUAACACGGCUGGUUAGCAAGUUCAGAGCCAGUGAUGGAAAUGGCUUACGAAGACAGCUAGCUGCGGGAUCAUGAAGACUUUCUGUCCACACUGCCCCUAGAAGGUUGUUACAGCGUGAGAGUGCACUUGCAGUUGUCAGACAGAAGGGUGUUUGCUUUGUAGUUUUGUUUGGCCUUUCUUUUUGCCACAUACGGACGGGUUUCGACACGAUUUCGCGUCAGUCUUCAUCGCGCCGAAAAGGUUGCAGAUCGCCUGCGGCCUCAUAGCAUACGGCAAACAGAUGAUACUUUGAAAGCCGACUCUAGGUAGCCGUAAGGUUUAAACGAGUUGGGCCAGUGUGUAAGUACUCGUCUACUUACAAAGUCAGAGCAUUUUCGUGUCAUCGAUAAGCUUUCCAUGUAUCAAAAUUUAAGAGCCCCGAUUUAUGCCGAGUUUAACUAUUAUGGGAUCAUUUUUUCCUCAACACGACAGUUUCGAUCCAUCCUAGGAAUUGAAUUUAGAAGACAACGUGGUGAGCAAGCGUUGCUUUUUUGCACUAGACGCUUUGAUAAUGGAGAGCCGCCCAAGCUCUCCGAACCGUCAGCCAAACAAUUCCCUCGAUCCGGUGAGCACUUGCCUUUCCUCAGAUUAUCGACCCGGAUCUCUUACGUUUGUUAACCUGCAGCGUUGCUUUCGAUAUACUCUCUUGAGGCCGCGACUGUUAUAUGGGAGCGGAGUACAUUGAUUUAGAAAGUCGAUAGUUUUAAAAAAGUUUUAAAAACAGGUUAGGCAAGAGCGGUAGGGCGCAGAAAGUUGUAUGUGGUUAGUCAACCUUUGACCACUGUAAGCGCGGGGCCUGACUCUGUCUUGAAAUCGGUCUCAAGUGGGCGGGGAGAGGUGGUUGCGGUGCAAGUCCACUGCCACUAUAAACCAAUUCAUGCGCAAGUCACCGUGCCUACUUCAACUUGCUGUGGAACACACGGUGGACAUCGUCGGAUGCGACGGUCAAACUAUUAUCAUCGAACCCGCCUGUAAUCGUGACGUGCUAGUGGUCAUGACCUGUAAAGUCACCGGACGAUGAGGCAACUUGGUCCUCCUCUGAGCUGACGUACCAGCACGCGUGUGGUACAUGCAGGGCUGGAUUCAGUUGCGUCGGCCCUCACCUAUGUCUGGUCGUCUUGACUUCUUGCCGUGAGUGCCUACAGUGAGGGCGAAGUGUAGGUGUUUUGAAACUCGCCCUCACUUAAGACCAAUUCACGCGCAGCUCACCUCUGCGCCCUCGGAACAGCUGCGGUCCUCGUCCAUCGCAAUGAACCAGCUACCAGUCUGUGGCGAACCGAGCGGAGUGCUUCUUGCGUACCCUUAUCAUGGUCUGAUGACGAGCUGCACAUCUUCUUUACAGGGCAGUUCCCCGAACUUCCACUACCUCGUACUGCAACGCUGCGAGAAGAGCCUUCUGGACGUCUUCUCCCACCCUGGGGACGUCGCUCUCCACCCCCUGCUCGCUUUUGACCUCGGCGUGAUUCAGGCGCUCUAUCAGUUGGCCACGGCCGUUUCCUUUCUGCACAGCAGCGGCGUUGGUGCGUUCAUCCUCUCCCCCCCCCGCCCCCCGUUUUCUUACCUAUUCUGCUUUUGAAGAGUUUGUGAUACGUCUCACCCACGGAAGCCCCCUAUCCUUCGGACACUGACUAGGCGUAGCAUUACGUAUUUACAUUGUUAGACGUCAGUGUUUUGGUGGAUGGGAAGUCGCUUUGAUCGGGGCAACUGGCCUGUGGCAAGUGCCGCCAGGGUGCGCGGACCGGUCGCUCCAAAUCCUUCUUAUCCCCUGGCUCGCUGGACAGUGCUUGCGUGCUGCCUCGACUCCGAAGCACUCAUCCCGGUUCCACCCUUCGGCCGACCGGUUUGGUACACCUGCAUUCUGCCGAAUGGUACCGGGAUGACCCUUACUUGACGGUACACGACCUUCGUCAUGUGAUCCUUUUAAAGACAACCGAUUUGCCCGAUAGAUUCCCGGAUCUGAGGAUAUGACCGCCACUGCCUGUCCGCGACUGCAUGUUCAUUACACUGAGAGUCAGCCUAUCUCUGCUAAGACUCGUACCACAGUUGCCCAUCUGCGUACGCGUGGGGUAGCCCGUCGUAUGACUAACUGUCAAGUCCCGCCCUCGCGGGAUCCUUGUUAUUCCUCCGCCCACGACUCGUAGACGCCUAACCUUUGGGUGUUCACACAGGAGUCGCCACACACCGAUUCAUCAGCUUCCCACGACAAGCGAUCUUCAAAUUGGUGCCACUUAUCAGGCCUGUCUGUGCCUCGGGUACCGGGUGGUGGUCGGUGGUUGAUUGGCUGAAUGAGAGCAAAAUAAGUCCCCCAUCGCCCUGCACACCUCCCUCUGUAAGAGGUGAGGGAAAAGUAGCUAUCUGCAUAUGCGUGCCUUGCACAGCCUUCCUCCUCGUACUUAACUCCGCUCUUUUGUGCUUUCGUCAAGUUCAUCGAGACAUCAAGCCGGGCAACGUCUUCCUCCUCCAGUCGGCAACUGCGGGCGGUGGACAGUUUCGCCUAGUCCUGGGCGACUUUGGCCUCUCACUGCCUGUGCACAACGGCCACUUUAAGAACUCCAUCAGUCUGCUUCCCCCAGCCGGAGCAGCAUCGGAAGGAGAACAGGUGGGAGCCCAGCCACCGGCCUCCAGCAGCGGACUAAUCCAGUUCGGCAGUCUGGGCUGGAUGGCACCGGAGAUGACAGCACCGUCAGCUUCAGCGGAUCUGGUGAGUGUCCUGUGCGUAAUCUGAGGAUUUAGGACUGUUCGGCCCACGUUUCGUACAUACACUCCGGCGCAUCAUCAGGGCGUCAUCUGUCGCCUGUCUACCUGAUGGGGAGGUAGGCUGAACUGGUGUGAAACUGGUGCGAAACCUCACUUAUGUCUCAGUUUAUAUUGCCCUCGCCCCGUCGAAUUGCUGCUGUGCUCCGGGCGGUAAUUUGGUGACUUUGCUGGUAACUGUACAAAGCGCUAACAAUUGUGGCCCAGACGGUUGUCAACCCACCCUCCACCUGGUACCUCGGUUACUCUCGAGAAUUCCGACCUCUUUACGUCCUCACCAAAUUGCGAUUCUAGAACGUAAACGUAUAGUAGGUGGGCUAACUUAUUAAAGGUUAACUGAAAUUCCGAAAUGCAUUUUCGUUUCGAAGAGAUUAUUUAAGUAGGGUUGUUUAACUAGUCAGCCGGCAACAUAAUUCCAUAAUAAUUAUGUUACCUCAGGGUGUCGGCUUUUGAAUGAACUUAUUUCCGACUGCAUGCAAGAACUAUACCCUGCUAGAAUGACUACUUAAUUAGCAUGCAAUUUUCUCAUUGAUUCUCGAUGCCCCUGAAAAUUCAAUCAUAUUUUACGGAAAACAUGUAUAAAAAUAUUCAUUCUUUCACUUAUUCGGUAGGAAAUCACAUCUUCUUUCAAUUUUAUACUCGAAGGAGGAGUAUAAUUGGGUUUCGAAAAAAGUUUCUAAUUCUGAGAUUUUUUAAUACCGUGAAAUGGCCGUUCAUAAAACGUCAUUUAUCUGCAUUUACGAAUGCGGCUUGUAAAGUUAAGAAUAUUGCUCAAGUCCACUGCUUAAUUUUAUGAACCCCAUAUGGUCUCUUCCUAAUACCGUAGAGAUAUGCAUGGUUUUCUGUACACGGAAAAUAUAUGGCUUGUAGUUUUGAAACCCUGAAUGCAAGGGUAACAGCAGGUCGGGUUCAACUAUUCGGAACGAAAUUCAUUCGAAAGUCGGCAUCUCGAGGUAACUGAACUAUCAUAGAAUAAUGUUGCAGGCUGACUAGUUUUACAACUCCACUUAAUUAAUCUUUUCGAAACGAGAACGCAUUUCGAAAUUUUGGUUGGCAUUUCAUGAGUUAGCCCACCUACUGUAAUUAGGCCGACGCCCACUUGGGUGGCAAACAUGGCGCUAGGAGAUCGCAAAGGCGACUGUAUAGGGGCUUGCUGUCCCCUACAUUUGGACAUUUGUGAAGAACGACUGACGGAAACUGUAGGGGCUAAUGGGAGAAGUGAACUCGCGAAACCAUUUCCUUCUUUAGCAGCCGGCUCGCGCGUGGCACGCGUAGCCGCAGUUUGCAUUUGUCAGCCCAUCUCUGAUAAUCUUAGGUUUGUAACGCCGGUAGGAAUGGAAGGCGCUCGUGAGUUAGAUGCAACUGAAGUAUGCUUCACCAUAAGCAAACUCACGCGUAAGUCAACACGGCUCGGCCCACCUAGUGGGACUACGGUGGGAGUCUUCCUUCUCGACUGUCUAACUACCACAUAGCUUGUGUCUCCUUUUGGAAGUCAUGCCGCACCAAAUGGCCGAGCGCUUGCCGCGGUAGGUGAUUUUGCAUCUGCUUAUCGGCGAAGUCUAAUCCUUCAGUUCUGUUAACAGGCGGGGUACCUCUGGUUUCUAGCAGUAUCCAAGACGCCAUGUUGGUUGACUGUAGUGUGCUUCUUCUGCAAUGGUAGGGGGCGCUUACCGAUCGUUCUUACGGAACUCACUCUUUCCGUUGUGCCUUACGGGCUCUAUCUCGAGCCCAACCAGCAGCCGCACAGCGGCGCGUAAUAAAGGCAAGGUAAUGUUACCAACAAAGACAAGGGAGACUGGAAUUGCCAUUUUUGGCUUAUUGGUCGUCGUCAGCCAGUCACACCCAACCCCGAAGUGUGGAACACCCGAACGGAACGAGUGAGUUCCGUAAGGACGAUCGGUGAACGCCCCCCUACCGUUGUAUAUUCCUGAUCGAAAACCGACAGGGCAACGGGCUCGUGUCCCAGUGGUUAGAGGCGUGGACUUCUAACUAACAGGUCGUGAGUUCGAGCCGCGAGGGUUCCACACUUCGCGGUUGGGUAUGACUGGUCGACGACGGUUAUUAAGCCGAAAAUGGUCAUUCCAGUCUCCCUUGUCAUUAUCGGUAAUAACAUACUGCUUCUUCUGCUUUCUGAACCCUGUUCGCUCUAGAGCAAGCUAUAGAAUGUUUACAAUCUAGUUUCCAGCCUGCCAUGGAGACGCUCUUCUGUAUUUAUCUGUGAGGGCAUUCAUUGGGCUUACGAGAUGUCCACAUUGGUGUCUGCACUCACCUGACGUCUCCACUUCUCACCGAAUAUUGAGACUCUUUUCCCGUAAGUAGGCGGAUUGGCGUCGUUGUAAAAGGCCCCGGCGCCAGCUGGGUCCGUCCUCCUUCCUCUUUCGUUCUAUUCUGUGAUAUCUUUUCCUGAUGCGCCUCAGCGGCUUUCAAAACACCAUCUUCCUUUUUCGCUCCCCCCACAGACUCCGGCCGUCGAUGUCUUCGCCUACGGCCUUGUGGCCUUCUUUGUUCUCAGCCGUGGUCGGCAUCCAUUCGACCUGGCUGAACCGACAGAUGCAGAGGAAAUCGGGAAGGAUGAAGUUACCGUCGAGAGCAGCAGCAAAGAAACCCACUCAGCGACCCUCACCUCCACCUCCUCCUCUUUCUACACCCUGCAGUCUAUCCAGAUGGCUAUAAACGACUGUCAGCAACCGCCCGCAGUGACGUCUCUGGCCAAUCACAGCAAAGAUUUGGGUGGAGGGAAGAUGCCCGACCGAAUGGCUCGUAAGUCUCACCUCUCCUUCACAUGCCUUCUGUGUCCUCUGAAACGUCGGCUGCCGCAGCCACCAACACCGGAACCAACAUCACUCCAGGGUUCGAAACCACCAUGUCUGCUGCCGAGAAUGCAGCCACUACCUCUGUUAUGGGGGUUUAUUUUUUAAAGUCCGGAAAAUUCCCCUUGAAGGUCUCAGCGGACUACAGUAGAUGGGUUAACUCGUGAAAUGUCAACCGAAUUCCCAAAUGCGUCUUCGUUUCGAAAAGAUUAAUUAAGCAGGGUUGCAAAACUAAUCAGCCUGCAGUAUAAUUCUAUAAUAAUUCAGUUACCUCAGGAUGUCUGAUUUCUAAUAAACUUCCUUCGGGCUGCAUGCAAAAACUACACUCUGUUAAAAAUGAUUACUUGAGUAGCAUGACUUUUUCUCACUGACUUUCGAUGCCCCUAAAUGUCCAACUAUAUUUCAUGGAAAACAUGCAUAAAAAUAUUCAUUCUUUCGCUCAUUUGGUAGAAAAUUAGAGACGGUCAGUGAAACCUAGGCAGGUGCAGCAGCAUUUACAACCCUACUUAAGUAAUCUUUUCGAGACGAAAUCGCAUUUCGGAAUUUCGGUUGACAUUUCAUGAAGUAGCCCACCUACUGUAUUUGGCUAACGUGUGUCUACUGGGUUCUCAUCAGGGCUUAUAGCAAUCGAGUUAUGUUCAUCGUUUCACGCAAGUAAGGGGUGUGGAAUUCGAGGAGGGGCCGGGGUGGGGUAAAGUAGAGACGGUCAGUGAAACUUAGGCAGGUGCGGUAAGCAGCAUCAGUGGUGGAUAAUGCCCCAAAUUUGAGUUACUAGGAGUAACUGUGUCGGGGUUGUUAAGGGGGAUGUAGCGGUACGCCUAGGUGCCAGCCACCUGUGGCCACUCCCACCUUCGGUCCUCUUGACUUUAUUAUGACACCGUAUCUAGGUGGGGGAGGAGGGGAAGGUGUGGUAGAUGCUGUGCAAGUCUACUAUCACUAUAAAAUAGUCCAUGCGUAAGUCAUCCUCCCUGCUCUCACGCUGUUGUGAAGCACACGGUGGACAUUGUCGAGACCGACAUUGGAAUUGUCGUAAGUGGCCCCGGGCUGUGAUCAUGGCCUCCGUCUCACGUCACGUGUAAACGGGAUAAUUGUAAAACGUCAUGGGUCCUUGCCGUUUUGCCUCAGUGCUCCAAGCCAGCCGCUCUGUAGGCCUUCGUAGGACGACGGGUAAUGGGGCCAACUUUUUUAACUUCUUUGCUGAAACAAGGUGCCUACAGGUACUAGUUAACACCAACCCCGAACGCGCAAUAGAACGAGAGUCCGUUGCUGAAAUGUUAGAGCUCGUGGUUUAAUGGCUGAUUAAUGCGGGGGCUUGAAACCCCAGAUCGAUUUAUAUAACAAACCGUAAUCCACCACCCGAUUGCUAGCAGUUUUGUGAAGAUAUCGACUUCUGUGUGAGUGAGGUCUGUCAUCUUGUUGGGAACUGUUUCCUAAUUUGCGUACUCCUUGUCUACAAUGUUUGUGCUAUACAGGUUUACCUUGUCGAUAUCUGCAUAUUUCAAGGUUGUUUGUACAGUCGCCGUUUUUCCCUUCCUAUUCGCAUUGCCAGGAACCGAUUUUGUGAAUCGUAUUCUCCUGAUCUUGUCACCGACGUGUGGUUAUCCGGCGUUUUCUGACGGUCGGCUGCCGUAAAGAGCGUUCUUAACCACGGGGACACCUCGCCAGCAGUUUGUUUAAAUGCACUUUUCCGCCAGGCGCGCCACUGCGUUUCGGCGCCUUUUUUGAGCUCAAUGCUUUCAGGCUCAUCGUGUCAUCUUUUGACCUGCCUGCGCAACGGCGUAUCUGGCCGUUUGCGUGUGCAAACUGCUCGCCCACCUAUGGCGGUCAGCUUUUCGACCCCGCAGUUUUCUGUUUACAUCCGCAUGUUUCUUUACUUACUUCUACCUCCCAUCCACCACCCUAUUAAGCUGCGGCUCUUUUUCACCCCCAUCCGAUAGAAUUUCUGGCUCAACAACUCGUGCAGGAGGCUCUCAUUUCAGCACCAGCAGAACGCCCUCCCAUCGACGUUUUGGCCAAAUCGCCUCUAUUUUGGUCGGCGGAUGAGGUUAUGACUUUCUAUACCGUGAGUCAGUACUGCAUUUUCACAGACGAGCUUGUCGCCGAGGGACAAGAGAGUCUGAGCUGGCUGUUUCUGGCGAAUUAA